AGCAAAAAUACAAAACAAAAGAAAAUUCCAUUCCCUUCGGUUUGGUUUUUUUGCUUUCCCCAUUCCUCUCGGCGACAAGAAAAAUAAAAGCUAAACUAAUCUACCGAGACCUUAGCUCGAAGAAGAUCGAAGACUCAUCAUCUCAAGCAAUCCACUCUCCGAGAAUUCUUCCAACGGAACAAAACCAUAUAACAGCUGAGUUGUAAAAAAAUGGCAUGUAGAGGUUGUUUGGAGUGUUUGCUAAAGCUACUAAACUUUAUUCUGGCGGUUGCUGGACUUGGCAUGAUUGGUUAUGGUAUCUACUUGUUUGUCGAGUUCAAGAGAGCAUCCGACAACUCUCUUAACUUCAGUGCCGACGACCACCAGAGUUACGUCUCUUUUGGGAGGCCCAUGCUUAUGUCUCUUGCUCUCUCUUCCAAUGUCUUUGACAAUCUCCCCAAAGCUUGGUUCAUCUACUUGUUCAUUGGUAUUGGCGUGGCUCUGUUUGUUAUCUCAUGCUGCGGCUGUGUUGGUACUUGUUCAAGGAACCUCUGCUGCUUAUCUUGUUACUCUCUGCUUCUCAUCUUGUUGAUCUUGGCGGAGCUUGGAGCUGCUGCGUUUAUAUUCUUCGACAACAGCUGGAGAGAUGAAAUUCCUUCUGACAGGACUGGGAACUUCGAUACCAUCUAUAAUUUUCUCAGAGAAAACUGGAACAUCGUAAGAUGGGUAGCUCUAGGAGCCGUUGUUUUCGAGGCUUUGCUUUUCUUGCUUGCCGUUAUGGUUAGGACAGCUAAUACACCAGCGGAGUAUGACAGUGAUGAUGAGUUUAUUACUCCUCCAAGGCAACAGAUCAGGCAGCCAUUCAUCAACCGCCAACCCGCCCCUGUCACCGGUGUCCCAGUCGCUCCUACUUUGGACCAACGCCCGAGCCGCAGUGACCCUUGGAGUGCACGUAUGAGGGAGAAGUAUGGGCUUGACACAUCUGAGUUCACAUACAAUCCCUCAGAGUCGCACCGGUUCCAGCAAAUGCCGGCGCAACCAAAUGAAGAAAAGGGUCGAUGCACCAUCAUGUAAGUCCAUGCUAAAAAAGAGAGAGAGAGAGAGAGAGAGUCAGUUCUCUUUUCCUGUUAUCUUGUCUUCGUGUGUAACAAUCAAGAGAGUCAGUGAAACUAGAGGGUUGUUUCUAGGUUGAUGAUGAUGACCACUCUGAGCAUUGCAUUGGAGAUCUCUCUAAUCAACUUAGUCACGUUUUAUGAAAACUCUUCUUUUUGUUGUGUCUUUGUAGUCGUAUUGGUUGUUUGAUUCGGUCCUAUAAAUUCUUAUUAUAUAUAAAAUUCAUCUGUUUUGUCA